AUGGCAAGAAUCGAAAUACCUCGGUAUGUGAGCCAAGGGGUUGAAGACAUUGCGAACGUAAUCCAGGUGCACGUCUUCACGGACGCCAGUCAGUCGGCUGACGGAGCCAGCGUAUACCUGCGCACAGAGGACGUCAAUGGAAAGGUCGUGGUCACGCUGAUGGUUGCUAAAGCACGAGUUGCGCCGCUGAAAACACUGACCCUACCCCGCCUAGAACUCAUGGGAGCUCUAAUAGGAUGUAGGCUGGCCAAAAUCCUUUUGGGUUCGCUCUCUCACCUUCCCCUCCAGCUAAUCUUCUGGACAGACUCGAACAUCGUACUCUGUUGGAUUAAAGGAUCGGCACUGCGGUGGAAGCAGUUUGUAUGCAACAGGGUGACAGAAAUUCAAACUGCAACCGAUCCAGCUGCUUGGAGGCACUGUCCAGGGGAGCAAAAUCCAGCGGACCUGCCCACAAGAGAUGAAAGCAUGGAGAAACUGCUACACAGCAAGAUAUGGUUCAGAGGCCCUGCAUGGUUGUCGGAGUCGGCGGAGUUAUGGCCCAGCGGCACGCACGAACCGCUUGUGAACGAAGAGACUGUAGAAGCGGAACGUGUAAAGACACAAGUGCUCUUCGUGGACACGGACACUACUACUUCCAGCCUACUGUGGACUACAGUGGUUGACCGUUGCAGGCGAAAGAAGAGGCGGCAAGGGGCCCUAACUGCUAAUGAGGUUCAUGAGGCGGAGGUCCAUGGGGUUAAAGAUGCACAAAGGUCCGAGUACUACACAGAGCUACAGGAGCUCGCAGGUGGGGGCAUGGUGAGGCAGAAAUCUCCGAUCGCCCCCUUGCAGCCAGUUCUGGACCAGGAUGAUAUUUUAAGGAUUUCGGGACGGUUGCAGCACUCGACAUUGCCAACGGACAUAAGACAUCCGGUGCUCCUCCCGCACGGACACAGAGUAACCGAACUGAUCGUUGAGGCGGCUCAUCGACGGCUUCUCCACGGGGGUGUACAAGACACCAUAACCGAAGUGCGAGAGCGAUACUGGGUACAGCGACGCUUGUGGCCGCCUCAUCCAACGUGCCAUCUCAUCCACCGUGCCGCCUCAUCCAAUUUCGUGCCACCUCAUCCACCGUGCCAUGUCAUCCAUCGUGUCGUUUUGUCCAUCGAGCGGCCUCAUCCAUUUUGA